CCCACAUAUUUAUCUCACCCAUAAUAAGCGCGCGUCUGCGAGUUAACGCCCCUUGCUUGCAUCCAUCCAUUGCGUCGUGUUACGUGAGAUCCCUCCCUCUUCCCAUCCAUCCAUCCAGUCAGUCCCCAGAUGAUGGAGCUGCCCCUCUCUAUCCCUACCCUCUGGGCCGCCCUGGGGCUUGGCGCCCUCUACUAUCUCGCAUACUCUCUCCUCACCUCCACCACGCCCGUUCCCGCCGAGCUGCCAUGGCUGGGCAAACCGCCGGGCGUGCGUCUCUUUGGCGACAUCCGUCUGCGACUCGACGGCUUCAGGAAUGCGAGAGCGUACCUCGCGGAUGGCUACGCGAAUUACCACCAAAAAGGCCGUUCCUACGUCUAUCGCACGCUGUUUGGCACCCCUGAGAUUGUCGUGCCCAGGGCGCAGCUCAAAUGGCUGCUUGACUUUCCCGACGACGUCGCGAGCGUCUCCGAGGCCCACCGCCAGUCCCUCAACGCAGACUACACCUUCCCCAACCCCAUCCUAAUCAAGGAAUGCUUCCACGAGCACGUCAUCCACAAGAACCUCGCCCGCAAACUACCAGCCCUCCUACCCGCCACCUGGGACGAGACCCGCCAGGCCUUUGACGACACCUGGGGCCGCGACACGACAGCCUGGAAGGAGAUUUGCGUGUACGAGAAUGCGCUCGACGUGAUUGCGCGGCUGUCCAACCGCGUCUUCCUCGGCCUGCCGCUGUGCCGCGAAAAGCCGCUGCUGGACGCCAUGUGCGCCUUUGCCAACGCCGUCUUCCGCUCCACCAUGCUCAUGAACCUCUGUCCGGGCGUGCUGCGCCCGCUGCUCGGCCCGCUCGUCUGUCUGCCCAACUACAUCCACUACCGCAAGACAACAAAGUGGACUAUCCCCUUUAUCAAGCGCCGUCUCGCCACCCUCGCUUCCUCCGACCACCCCGACGCAGAAAAGCCAAACGACUUCGUCCAGUGGUACAUCGACACCGCCCGCGCCGAGCACCGCACAAAGGAGCUCGACCCGCGUCUCCUAGCCCAAUACCUCACCCCCCUCAACUUCGCCGCCAUCCACACCACAACCUUCACAAUCACAAACCUCCUCUUCGACAUCCUCGCCCCCUCGCCCACAUGCCCCGCCGACGAUACCCUCGCCACCAUAACCGACGAAAUCACCCACGUCUACCGCACAGACUGCCCCGACGGCAUCUGGACAAAGCAGAGCCUCAACCGCCUCGUGCGCACCGACAGCGCCAUCCGCGAGAGCAUGCGCAUACGCAAUUUCCUGACUACGGGCGUCGUGCGCAAGAUCUUGGCGCCGCUGGGGGUGCGCAAUGAGGUGGAGGGCUGGACGGCCCCGCAGGGCGCGUUUGUGGCUGUGGAUGUUAAUAGUGUGCAUCAUGAUCCUGGGGUUUAUGCCCGGCCGGAUGUGUUUGAUGCGUUUCGCUUUUCGCGCGUGCGGGAGGGGGCGGGGGGGCUUGGGGGUGAGGAUGGUGGUGGUGGUGGUGGUGGUGGUGGUGGGGAUAGGGAAAGGGGGCGCGCGGACGUGCUGGCGGGUAAGAAUCUGAGUAUGGUCAGUACGAGUGAUGUGUUUUUGCCGUUUGGCCAUGGGCGGCAUGCUUGUCCCGGCCGCUUCUUCGUCACGCACGAGCUGAAGAUGUACAUUGCGUACGUGGUGAUGAACUAUGAGAUUGAGCGGCUGCCCGAACGGCCGGCGAAUACGUGGAUUGGACCGACGGUGUUGCCGCCGAUGAAGGCGACGAUUCGGGUGAGGCGGAGGGCGUGA